GUUGUGAUAAAGCAUGGAGAGUGACUCGAGCAAGUUCUUGAAGGAAUUGCCGGUGCCAGAGAAAUUCGAAGAGAAGCAGAUACGAAUACAGAACUUCGUUCAACGACAACACACGUUAAAAAACAAAGUCGUACUUGUUACGUCUGGAGGUACCAUUGUUCCAUUAGAAAGCCGAACUGUACGUUUUAUUGACAACUUCAGCCAGGGGACUCGUGGAUCAGCAUCAGCCGAAUAUUUUCUCAAUAGUGGUUAUGCAGUGAUAUUCUUACACAGAAACGGCUCUCUUGAGCCAUAUUCUCGCAAUUUUUCACGCAAAAAUCUACUUGAUUUUCUUGAAUUCCGUGAAGAUGGCCAGACACAGUCACUUGCAGUGCAAGGCAAGUACGAGGAGAAAAUUAGCAAGAUAUUACGCAUCUAUCAAAAGGUAACACUUUCUGAAAUGCUACUAUCAGUAGAUUUUACAACGUUGAGUGAGUAUUUAUAUUUACUCCGCAUAGCAGCUCUGGCACUAAAAACUCUCCACCUCAACGCUAUGCUCUAUCUUGCAGCAGCUGUGUCUGACUUCUAUAUUCCCAAAGAUCAAAUGCCAGAACACAAAAUCCAGUCCUCAAAUGGCUCUCUACAAUUAUCUCUUCAAUUGGUUCCUAAAUUAUUGGAACCACUUGUCAAAGACUGGGCACCAGAUGCUUUUAUAAUUUCUUUUAAGUUAGAAACUAACAGAAGUUUGCUGAUAUCGAAAUCAAAAGCAGCUCUAGAAAAAUAUCAACACCAGUUAGUCAUUGCCAACCUUCUUGAGACAAGGAAAGAAGAGGUGAUUCUAGUUACCAAAGACUCCUCAAAACCAAUCAUGCUGUCUGCCGAAUGUCUUUCACAAGGAAUUGAAAUAGAAGAGCUCAUUAUCAAAGAGUUGAUAGCCAGACACAAUGAAAUGUUAAACAAUAAAUAAUCCUUUAUAGGGAUGAGGGGGCAGGAUUGGUUCGUCUGCAAUCAGUUCUUCAACAUUCUGCUACGUCUCAUUAGUUUGAAGAAUGAAGUUUUAUAGAAACUGUGAUUUUGUAAUUCUGCUGUAAAUUUUAUUUUUCAAGUAGAAUCUUAUUACCAUGCAUAUGUAUAAUUUUUGCACGCUAGAUCUGAACGACUGACUUGUGGAAGUGACUGAGAUUACUGUAUAAGGAAGCUAAAUGUAGUGUUAGUGUUGGCAGUGAUGCCAGUAAGGAAUUUGGUGUAUCAGAGCAUAAGGAUUUACCAAGGGCUAGACUUUGUUGUCCGGUUUUCUUUGGUAUUAUUUUCUUUGUGUGUGUGUGUAUGUAUGUUGAUAAGGGAUUACAGGAAUUGAUGGUUGCAUAUAAAAACGUUGCACAGAAACAGACUGUUCAACACCUUGUUGAAAUACAAGAAAAAUUUGGGAAAAGUUGGCUGGGGUCUACAGUUUUAAAGGUGGACAUAGGCAUAGAUUAGAGUAUUAGUUUGUAGUCUGAUGUUCUCAAAACUUCAUUAACAACAGAGUCUUAACUGUGUGUAGAAGAAGAAAGUGAGCACUUGUAGUCUGUAAUAAUAAGUGAUGACAAUGAUGGCUCUCCUGUACCUGGAGGUCUUCUGACUAGUGUCUCCAAUCAAGGACUCACAUAGACCCAGGUUCAUUGAUCAGCAAAGAAAUAAUAAUAAUAAUAUUCAGGGACCUUUUCUGCAGAAUGAGCUGCUCGACCUGAAGGAAAUUCUAACUGGGCUCCACCUUCAAGGUCAUGCGCUGUUCAUCUUGAUAUGAAAUCAUCAUGUCAUGCACAUAUGGUUGUGAUGCAUGUGCCUGGUGUACCCUUAUCAAAUGGGUAGUCAUGAUGGGCAUACUGGGCUUCGUAUAUUUGUACCCCAGUGUCACUUUGAUGGCAUGCAUUGCUCUCACAUUCAAUAAUAAUUCUUUCUGAUUUUGGCUCAAAGCCAGUAAUUUUCCAAGGAGCGGAAAGUUGCUCACAUCAACCUUAGUGCUCAACUGGUAUUUUAUUUAUUGGCUUCAGAAGAAUAAAAGCUAAAGGCAACCAGAAUGUAAAGUGCCAGAAGAAAUAUCACUGAGCAUUUUUGUCUUUGAACUGUAACAUUUCUGGCAGCACACCAAUAUAAUAGUAAUACCCUGUCAAAAGAUACAACAAUUUGACACGGAAGAGAAAUGUAUUGCAAAAACCAAAAUGGAGGGUAAGAUAGCUGUAAGUCAUGUAAAUCAUUCUUGUGUAGUCAUUACAAACAGAUAAUGCUUAAUAGAUCCAGUGAGAUCUGUGACAUUGAUAACAAACUAGAGUUGAUGGUGGGACAAAUGUAUUGGCAUAGCUGUUUUGGCAAGCAGCUUUGUCUGUGAACUGAUUGCAUGCUGAUUGAAAUUAGUAGCUGUGUAGUAUAAUUAGUACUCGAGAUGAGACUAACAGUAGUUUGUGUUGGUUGAAGUCUGAAGGUGAUGGAAUCUCUCUUGGGAAGUACUACCAAUGGUCUCUCUCUCUCUCUCUCUCUCUCUCAAGGCAGGUUUUUUUUUUGUUUUUUUUUUUCACCCAGUGUAGUAAAUAUGAUGAUGUAUGGUAGUGAGUUGUUAUACUCGGUGAAUGUAGAGGAUAAGAAUGCAUAUGAAUUGAGUACGGUCUGCUGACUUAACAUGAGUGUAGCUGAGUUGAGAAAACAACCAAGCAGAAAAUUCUUGGGCUGGAUAAUUUUUAGAAGGCAUAUCAUUAAUGUCAUUAAUUUUCAAGCAAAGCACUUGUAAUUUUUUUUUUUUUCCCUAUUGGUGGUAAAGUUAGUCAUUACAUGCAUCACCAGUCACAGUAGUACAGCUUUGAACUUGAAAUGUCGAUUGGACCAGAUCUCCAGAUAUGUUAAACCUAAUACUGAGAUGUGUUGAGUUAGUGUCUGCAACCUGACUUAUUACAGUGGCAGAGUUGUUAAAGUAUUGAACAAAAUGUCAUGCAGUUUUUGUACACCGCAUUCUAAGUUCAAACCUUGUCGAAGUUAAUUUUACCAUUCGUCUUUUUAGGGUCACAAAAAUAAAGCGUCACCUCGGGACAGUGAAUUGGAUAAAAUCCUUUGUUUGAUCUGGUUCUGUGUUUUGAGAUCUUUAAUUGUUAAACAUGGCCAAGUCUAUUGUGGAUGAUUUCAUGAACAAAAUCACAACUACUUUGUUAUGUCGUCCAUCAGUCAUCUGUCUGUUCGAUAGAACUAUAACAUGGGCUCAUUCAGUAUUGUCAUUAGUGGUGUCCAAUUCUUUGAUGUGUGAUGCUUGUAUGAUCAGUUUUGAAUUUUUCUAUUUAUUUGGAGACAGUCCAUAGCAGCAAAAUACAAUUUUCAAACUGUGCUCAAACCUGUUGAUGGAUUUCAAUCUCUGAUACACAGAAACACAGAUCACUGAACACUGCUCUUCUAUAGGGCAAACAGAAACCAGGGCAGUGUCUAUCUGUUAACAACUUUAUUGAUGUAAAUAAUGCAAUAUUAUUGUAAACAUGUAAAUUAACCAUGGUUCUCCUUUUGAAAGCAUCAACAGGCUUCAUUAUUAUUAAAGCAAUAACAACUUGAUGUUUCAAAUUCAAAGCUGUGCUAUAGUGACUGGAGGGUGUGUAGUGCAGAUAAUUAAUGAUUGCCCUUGUACAACUUUAAGACAAAAUGGUAAGACUUGUAAAGAAAGUCUACAAUGCAACACCAUCCCAAUCUGUUAAGAAACAAAUGAUGGUGGUGGUGGUGGUGGUGGUUGUGGUUCACUUUUUCUACUUUUAAAAAAAAAAAAUGUAAUUUGUUGCAAAGUUUGAUUCUUAAAAGACAAAAUUCAAGAGACCAAUUCUUUUAUAAGUUUUUUUUUUUCCUUAUGUUUAAUGAGGUUAGCUAUUUUUGCAAAUUUAGAUUCUUCAGAUGAAUUGUUGGAAUGUUCUUGUACAGAUUUUUGUAAUACUAAUGCCUCGAUCAGAAAACGGAAACAGAAGCUGUUUUUGUAGCCAGUUUGAUUCAUUAAUGUAUUUAAUUAGAAAUACUUAUACUGUGAGGAAAAGAUAACACUAGUUCAACAACUUAAUCGGUUCUGGUAGGAAACAUGGGAGACAACUCUAGGUAUGUUUCAGUAUUAUGAGAUCUCAAUAGGUUUCACUUUAUUUGUUGAAAUAUUAGUCAGAAAAUUACUAAAUAGAUUAAUAAUGUUACAAAGAAAAAUACCCUAUUUAAAUACAUAUAUGUCAUGGGUUGAUAACCCAGAGAUGCCAUCCACUUGAAAAGCAAUUGUUAGUGUUUCACUCUAUAUUUAACAUAUGUUUGUCUCCAGCCUACAGGCUCAUUAUGGCAGAACUCUUCUCACUUUACAUUAUUCACAUUUGACAGAUAUUUGUCCUCAUCUUGUUUGUUGUUAACACAACGUUUUGGCUGAUAUACCCUCCAGCCUUCAUCAGGUGGUCUUGGGGAAAUUUUGAACCUGGGUUCUCAUUCCUAAGGUAUUUUUCAAUAUUAUUAUUAUUAUUAUUGUUAUUAUUAUUAUUCAGGUGACUACCUGGAAUCAAACCUGGAUCUGAAUAAUAAUAAUAAUAACAACAUUGAAAAAUACCUUAGGAAUGAGAACCCAGGUUCGAAAUUUCCCCAAGACACCUGUUGAAGGCUGGAGGGUAUAUCAGCCGAAAUGUUAACAACAAACAAGAUGAGGACAAAUAUCCGUCAAAUGUAAAUAAUGUACAUAAUUUCUCGUCUCUUAAAUAUAGAACUGUCUUCUCACUUUGUGGCAUAUAAGUGACAGCACAAAACUCUCCUCAAACAGGGUGCUGGUUCAUUACAAGGUUAACUCCCAGCUACUGCUGGUACUCACUUCAGCUAAGUAGACUGGAGCAGUGUGAAAUGAAAUGCCUUGCUCAAGGACACAAUGCAUUGCCUCGUCUGGGAAAUGAACUCAUGACAAUAUGGUUCAUGAACUUGACACUAAUGGGCCAUGCACUCAUAUAAUGAGCGCCAAAAGUUCUAAUUGGAAAUAUUAAUGAAGACUGCAUUAUUUUAAUAAUUUCUUCAGUGACCCAGAGACCUCACCCUGUUGUACUGAAAUAGUGAUGGGAGAAUUACUAAAUACUUACUGAAAUAAUAUUAGUCAUUAUGCUAAUGUUGUCUUUUCCUCACUGCUGAAGUAUGUUUAAGUAGGUUUUUAAUAUUAAUUACAUGAAUAUAUUAACACUAACUUAAUUAUUGUUUUUACUGCAUUUCUGGAUAAUUAAAUAAUUAAUCGAAACAAUUUGGUUUUUUUUUAAUAAUGAAACUAAUCAGUUUUACAGUAUCCUGUUUCUCCUACUGGUGGAAUGUACCUCAUCCUUGUACCUAUUAACAGCAAGGUUGACUGAGCUAAUUGAAAUGUUAAGUACUUUGCUGUAGAUGAUAUAAUAUUAGGAUAAGAUACUGUCAAAUUU